UUGAAAGAAGAAGAAGAAGAAGAAGAAGAAGGAGGAAGAAUCGAAAUGGUGUCAACAAGUGAAGUGUUUUGUCUGUUGUUGGUCGCGAUCUUAUGGGGAGGCACAAACCCAUUCCUGAAAAGAGGCACAGAGGGCAUAGAAGGGGUUCAGAAAGAUAACAAACUCCUCCAGUUUCUGGCUGAGGUCAAAUUCUUGUUUCUCAAUAUCAAGUAUUUGAUCCCAUUUCUGUUGAACCAAAGUGGAUCUUUAGUGUUCUACUUCACUCUUGCUUCUACAGAUCUGUCUCUAGCUGUACCCAUGGUGAACUCCCUCACAUUUCUGUUCACGCUAUUAAUGGGUAAAUUACUUGGAGAGGAGUUUGGAGGAAAAAGAGCUGUGUUGGGUAUGUUACUCAUCAUGUCUGGAGUGACUGUGUGUGUACUGAGUUCUGUCUCUGAGACAGAUGGCGCAGGAGCCCGCAACACAAGUGAUCUUUGAAAUGUGCCACUGGACUGUGAGGUGAAGGAGGACCAUGGAUCUGCUCCAGCCAUGUGAUCAUACCUCACACACACAUAUUCUUCUGACACAAUAUCUGUGCUGCUCCAUUUUCAGUAUGUGCCGUGAACUUGGUGAUGGAUGAAUUUAUAUCUGUACUUGAAUCAUGUUGAUGAAAUCCAAAUGUUUUGCACUUUAAAUGCAACUGUGGAAAGAGUAACUUUAAGUGUGUUAAUUAUACUUGUAUAUAUUGUAUUAUUAACUGAUAUAUUUGUAUGGAUUUGUAUUAAUAAUGUUAAAGUGCCCAGUGUUUAAAUACAUUUAUUUUAAAUGUCUUUUACAUUCAGAGGUCUUAUGUUAAACAGAAGAAAUAAAAAAAUAAAAACACUUCUCAGUGAAUCUCUGCAUGCUGUAAGAUCACUGUUACUUUUCAAGGGUACAUUAUUUUAAAUGCUAUUCAUUCAACAAAAUUAUAGCAAUUUCAUAGUGAACUCCAUUUUCAGAGAAUGUGUGUGGGUGUGUCUCUGUCUCCUGCAUCAUCUUCUGCCUGGAGAGGUCACUCAGUAUCCCUGUCUGUCUGUUCCUCAUGGGAACCCCCAGUCUGACUCACAGGUGAGCAUGAUUUCACCAAGUAACACAUGAUCCUGGAUCAACAUUCCAAUCAACCAAUCAGAAUUGAGAUAGAACUUUUCAGGAAAUAUCUGUUUUAGGC